AUGUCGACUCCACAGUCAGCAGCAAAAACAACAACAACAACAACGACAAAAGUCGUUAAAACCGUUGGUUCAACGCCGAAAAAAGCAACCGGUGUUGCUGGUGAAAAAAAGCAAAUAAAUUCUCAUAAAAACCAACGUUUAAGUACAGUUGGUUUAAUGAAAUUUUCCCGUGGACGUAUGUUUCAUCGUCGUGCUAUAUGGCGUAUUGGAAAAUGGAAAGAAGAGCAAACAAAAUUAAAGGAAACACAAAAAAAGACAAAAAGGUCUUCAGCGAAACGUAAAGAACCAGCAAUGAAAAAGAAAGCAAUUGGUGGAGAAAGAAAUGGAAAAGAGCGUUCUGUUCGUUCAAAACGUUUUCCACGAUAUUAUCCAACUGAAGAACGACCAAAAAAAUUUCGUGUUAAACGUAAAAGAUUCAGUCAACAUGAAAGAAGAUUUCGUUCAAAUUUAACACCGGGUACAAUCGUAAUCAUGGUAGCUGGCAGAUAUGCUGGAAAACGUGCCGUUAUUGUCAAACAAUUAAAAUCUGGAUUGUUACUUCUUACAGGUAUUGAAGAAGCUGAAAUUUCUUUUCUUCGAAGAUUACAGAACACGUCAGAUGAUGAUUGA